UUUGCUUGUGUAUCUCAUAGUUUUUUCCCAAAAAACUGGUUUUCCGUUAAGCCAACCAAUCAGAUAUCCCGAUAAUGAAAAUUCGCAGCUAAGUUUCUUUUCGACGCCCUGUUGAAGGUAGGUAUUAGAUGUGAUACCAGUUUUAGAGGCCACUGUUGGCGCCCAGUGCGUUCAAAAUUUUUGCAACCUCUAAAUUCUGCUCGCGCAGCAUUCUUCGUCUCUGGCAGGGUCUGUGGUUCUUGACGAAUGCCGAAGAUUGAGUGCGAUUAAGAAGUUCCUGACGAUCAUGGAAAAUAAAUCAGGGAAGGGAGAAAAAAAAAAAGGGCUUCAAAAUAUCAAAAGCAAAAUAUUUGAUUUGAGAAACGCUCAAGGCUUUGAAGAAAUUCACCAUUUAUUGGAGGCAUCAGAUGAAGAAGAUGAGGAUGUCAAAGAUGAAGAUUUUGAUGUCAAAAGCUACAUUGAUUCAGAGGAUGGUGUAGACGAAUGUGAAGCAGGAUCAGAGACAGAACAACAGGAAAGCGAAAAAGACUACAUUGAAGAAACUGCUGACUUUUAUUUGGGACAAAGCCAGACCACAACACUCCAGUAAGUUUGGGUUCAGCAAUGGUGGUAAUGUUUUGGUUUCCUAUGUUCCAAGAGAAAACAAAAAUGUCCUUGUAUCGUCAUUGCAUGAUGACCAAGCUAUUGGUCUUUCUACUGCGAAUGUCAGAAACCACAAAUAAUCAGUUUCUACGAUGAAAUAAAGUUAGGAGUAGAUAUCGCGGAUAAAAUGUGCAGUUCGUAUAAUGUGUCUCAGAAUGUAAAACGGUGGCUCGUGAUAAUCUUUUUUACAAUAUACUUCAAUCAUUUUUCAGAUCGUACAUGUAGGUAUUGGGUGCACAGCUCUUAAAAGAAGGUUGUUCAUAAAACAACUUUCUAAUGAACUUGCUGAAUGAAAUUUGAAGUCUAUUUCGAUGCCAGUAUGCUUACAACAAAAGUUAAAGAGAUACACUCCCAACCAAGAACAACAACAAUCUCAAAAUUACGAUGAGCUACAGAUAUUUCCAUAAAGGCGCAAAUGUGAAACAUGCUAUUUGGAGACUUUUAAGAGAAGAUUAAGCUACUAUGAAAGCAAAAAGUGUCUCACACCAACCUGCCUCUCAUGUGCAUGAAUAAGAUAUAUAUUACUGUAUUCACUUGUAAUAAAUAGCUUGUUUGAUUAGUUUUACAGUUCUUAUGUUUACUUUUUAAUUACUUAUAUUAAACUUGUAUGACCUAUAAUAAAUCUCUUGAAUUGCACCAAA